UGUUUCGCCCCGUCGGUAGUGUCCUCCCGUCGAUUGCCGCGAUCACGACCGAAGAGAAUACGAAUACGACUUCGACUACGGUGGUGGCGCAACGGUUGCAGUCGAUGUCAAGCGGUGUUGUUCGCGUCGUGUCGGCCGAUACGGUUUUCGUCUAGUGUGACAUAACCGCCGUGCGUGGGGGUCCUCGCAUAUCUCUGCCAUAAGACAAUUUCAAAAAAAAAAAAAAAAAAGAAAGAAAAAUAGUAAACGUUAUUUCCGUUUUUAUUAUAACUAUCGUCGUCAAUUUUUUUUUCUCUUAUCGCGUACCGCUUAUUAUUAUUAUUGUUAUAAUAAAAACUGUAUCUAAACAUUACUGCCGCGCAUCCGUACACGACGAAUUUCGUCCGCGUGUCCGAUGGCGGCCUUGUUCCUGUCACCGUCGUCACAUUACACACUAUUCGUUUACCUAUUACUCAUCCAUAUUGUUUGGAGUUUACACAACGUUAGCAUACAUUUCAUACCUCCAGCAGUAGAAAAAGGACAUGAUGUCAUGAUAUACUGCAAUUACGAUUUAGACGGAGCUCCAAUGUUGUCGGUCAAAUGGUACAGAGGAAGUCACGAAUUUUAUAGGUAUUCUCCCGGAAUGAUACCCGCAACGCAGACAUUUCCAUUUUAUGGGCUUAAUGUCGACUUGUCUGUAUCAAAUGCCACACAAGUAUUUUUGCGAGAUGUUGGUUUCAAUUUGUCUGGAAAUUUGAGCUGUGAAGUAACAACUGAUGGUCCUUCAUUCAAAACUGCGAUCGUCUCAAAACGAAUCAUAGUUGUGGAACUACCAAAAUCAAAACCAGUAAUUGUAACAGAUAAAGAUAAAUAUGAUCCAGGUGAUACUUUAAUAGCAAAUUGUACGUCACCGACUUCUAAACCUGCAACCAACUUAACGUUCUAUUUAAACAAUGUGCUAAUUGAUCGCCCAGAAGCUUUGAAGUACACAAUUUCAAAUUCCUUGCAAUUGAUCAAAUUAACAGUAACUCUAAAAUUAGAUCAGAGUCAUUUCAAAUACGGCCGUAAGCUUUUACUACAGUGUACUGCUCUAAUAAAUACAUUGUACAGAAAAACUUCGGAACUCAGGUUACCAAUAAAAUCAACAGAGCCAGUACCUGAAAAAGUUACGUCUCCGAGUUUUGGAUGUCAGGUUACGCCUUCUAUCAACCAUUCAACGAUAAUCGCUGCAUCAGUCUUGCUAUGGAAUGUAUUCAGAUAGUCGAAAUGUGGAAAUAUAUAUAUAUAUAUAUAUAUACAUAAAUAAAUAUACAUAAAUAAAUAUAUCUUAAAAUUCUUGUACUUCACACUUGUACAUGUAAAUAAGUUUAAAUUGUAAAAAAAAAAAAAAACAAAAAUUAACACGUUGAGUAAUAUGGAAGAGGUAAAAAGAAAUUAUUAAAUGACAUAAUUAGAAAAACGAUACAAUCAGGUUGAUGUAUAUUUUUUUCAAAAAUGAAGUAAAUUCCAU